CAAAUUAGAAAACGCAAUCUUGUUCUUCUUCUUCUUCCUCGAGCCAGUUUCACAGAGAAAGAGAUGGAUCCGCAACUAACGGAGGUUUCGCAGCAGUUCGAGAGGUUUAAAGCUGCGUUUAUAAGAAAAGAUUUCGAUUCAUGUACCAAUCUCUUGUCUCAGCUUAAGGUUCUUCUGACUAAGUUCACAAGUCUUCCACCUUUGUUUGAGAAUACUCCUAAUGCAGCUCAAGAAUUGACAAUUGCUAGGGAUAUUUAUGAGUAUGCUGUUGUUUUAAGCGUAAAAACGGAGGAUCAAGACUCGUUCGAGAGAGAUUUCUUCCAGUUGAAACCGUAUUAUGUUGAUGCUAGGAAUCGCAUUCCGUCAUCUCCGCAAGAGAAUCUAAUCCUGGGGUUGAACCUACUGCGACUGCUUGUUCAGAACAGAAUUGCUGAAUUCCACACUGAGCUGGAAUUACUUUCGUCUGCAACCUUGGAGAAUCCUUGCAUCAAGCAUGCGGUGGAGCUCGAGCAAUCCUUCAUGGAAGGUGCUUAUAACCGUGUGUUGAGUGCUAGACAAACCGCACCUGAUGAGACUUACAUGUAUUUCAUGGAUCUCUUGGCAAAAACCAUUAGAGACGAAAUAGCUGGAUGCAGCGAGAAAGCGUACGAUCAUCUCUCAGUCAGUGAAGGUAGUAAGAUGUUGCUCUUCUCUUCUGAUCAAGAACUGUUAACAUAUGUAAAUGAGGAGCACCCGGAGUGGGAAGUAAAAGACGGGUUAGUUGUGUUCCAAAAAGCCAAAGAAACCGCACCGUGCAAGGAGAUACCGUCACUUCAACUCAUCAAUCAGACUCUCAGUUACGCCAGAGAGCUCGAGCGUAUCGUGUAAUCUCAUUCUUUGAAACGUUUCAAUUUGGGUCAUAGACUAGAAUUUCCCCAAACAGUUGAUUUGAUUCAUUGGAUAGUUUAGCUCUGUUCUUUUUUUUUUUUUUUUGUCGUCUGGUUAUAAUGCAACUUAUAUGUUAUGGUCACAUGAAUGAUUUCUAGGCUCAUAAAGGCAACUCCAUUAAAUGAGUCCGAGAUUGAAUUUUGAUUCUUGUGUCCCACUUCUUGUAACUAUAUGUAUUUUCUUUAGA